AUGGGCAAAUGGAUCUUUACCCCCAGCCAGCCUGGAGUCCGCAAUACGGCUUCAUGGCUCAUCUCGCCGCAGAAUAAUAGUGAUGAGGUAUACCAGGUCGAUGUUUCGUGGCCUCUCGGAUGGUCUGCACAGGAACAUUCCGUCGCAAAUGCUCUCUACCUUGUCGACGGAAAUGCUCUAUUCCUCACUGCAACGGAAGCCCUCCGUCGAAGGGAAUCUCACCGUGCCCGUGCUACAAAAACCAUUGUCGUCGCUAUAGGAUACCCCCUCACGGACUCCCUCUUCAGCCCCCGUAGAAGCACCGACCUCACUCCACCGUGCGACAACUACAACCCCCCCGAAGGAGCAGACGGGAAGCCAAAGCUCGAAGGACACGGGGGCGCCGACAAGUUCCUGACAUUCAUCACCGAGAUCGUGCAGCCGUUUAUACGUUUAACGGUCUUCCCUAACAUUUCAUUCCGAAAGACAGCGCUAUUCGGUCACUCGUACGGCGGGCUGUUUGUGCUUCACUCUCUCUUCACGCAGCCGUCUAGCUUCGACCUCUAUCUUGCUGCGAGUCCGUCUAUCUGGUGGAAUGGUUGUUUCGUUCUCUCCGAGCUAACUCGGUUCUGUGAAAGUCUUCCUCUCAAACACCCUCCUGUUCUGCGGUUGUCAUUCGGGUCCAGGGAGCAGUUCCCUGUACGGGAGCCAGGUGAAUCCCUAGAGAAAUUUGAGAGGAGGAAUGCUGCUGCUCAGAGGAGACGCAUGGCGGAUAAUUGCAGUGAACUGUAUGAUCGUCUUUUGACAGCGGGACACCUGCGUGUACUUGAGUUGAAAGUGUAUCCUGAUGAAGACCAUGGGAGUGUUAUUGCGCCUGCGCUCAAUGGGGCCAUUGUGUUUAUGGAGGGUUUAUUGUCCGAGAUGGAUGAAGAUGAUCGAUGA